ACAGAUGCUGCUAAGAGACCAGCCAGCAGGGAGAGAAGUGAGGAGAGAAAGGUGGUUCGGCCUCCAUCUGGGGAGAAAAGAUUCAGGACAGACAGAAGUGAGAGGCUGGGGAUAUGUUCACCAUCAAGUUUGGGAAGAGAAAAUUAAGCUAAAAAGAAGUGUUCUGUGCAGGCAUCAUACUACAAAUGGAAUAAAAGGGAAAGAGGGAUUAGUUUAUGAACCAAUCAGAGGUGAGGAUUAGAAGUUUCAGGAGUCAACCCAGAAAUCUCAGGGUUUCUGUGAUGACGAAGGUUGAAGAAAAGCAUGCAGGCAAUGGGAGCCUUGUAGGAAAGAGUCAGCUGCCCCUGGAGGAGAAGCAUCAGGCAAACGACAAACCAGAAGCAAACGGGAAAGCAAAGGUCUCCCCAAAGCAGGAGGCAGAUGGGAAAGGUGACACACCUAGAAAGAGCCUCAACUUGUACAGUUGGCAGGAGAUCCAGAGACACAAUCAGGAGACCGACCAGUGGCUGGUGAUCAAUCGCAAGGUCUACGAUGUUACUAGCUGGGCAGACCGACAUCCAGGUGGCCGGCGGGUUCUCAACCACUAUGCGGGGGAAGAUGCCACGGAUGUCUUCAGAGCCAUGCACCUGGAGCUUGACAUUGCACGAUUGUACCUUAAGCCACUGCUCAUUGGAGAGCUUGCCCCAGGAGAGCCCAGCCAGGAGAGAAACAAAAACGCCCAGUUGGUGGAAGAUUUCCAAGAACUGCGGAGGACAUUAGAGGCUAUGAACAUGUUCAGUGCCAACCUGGGGUUCUUUUCCCUUCACCUCAUCCAGAUCUUGAUUUUGGAAGCGCUGGCUUGGCUAAUGCUGUGGCAUUUUGGCAAUGGCUGGCCAAUUACAAUAUGUAUUUCCUUUCUUCUCACAAUUUCUCAGGCCCAGAGUUCAUUUUUGCAGCAUGACACAGGUCAUCUUUCCAUAUUUAAGAAGUCCAAGUGGAACCACCUGAUGCACAGAUUUGUGAUGUGUCAUCUCAAGGGCCUGUCAGUGAAAUGGUGGAAUCACCGACAUUUCCAACAUCACACAAAACCAAACAUUUACCCAAAAGACCCAGAUAUUGAUGUGGGUCCACUUUUCCUGGUUGGAGAUUUGCAACCUAUCAAGUAUGGCAAGAAGAAAAUCAAAUACAUUGACUAUGAAAAGCAGCACCUUUACUUCUACAUGGUUGGGCUUCCCCUCCUCAUGCCAGUAUAUUUCAACCUGCAAUCCAUGCAAGUGAUGUACCUCGGAAGAUAUUGGAAGGACAUUGUCUGGGUCAGCAGUUUUUACAUCCGCUAUUUCAUCACAUUUGGCCCUUUCUAUGGAAUCUUCGGAACAGUAUUGCUCAUAUAUUUGGUCAAGUUUCUUGAAAGUCCUUGGAUUGCAUGUGUUACGCAGAUGAGCCACAUACCAAUGAAAAUGAGCAGAGAGGAGAACAGAGACUGGCUCAGUACUCAGGUCUUGGCCACCUGUAAUGUUGAACAGUCUUUUUUCAAUGACUGGUUCACUGGGCACCUGAACUUCCAAAUCGAGCACCAUCUGUUUCCCACUAUGCCCCGCCACAAUUAUCAGAAGGUGGCACCUCUGGUGAGGUCCCUGUGUGCCAAGCAUGGAUUGCAGUAUGUGAAUAAGCCCAUAUUGAAGGCAUUUGGAGAUAUUGUCAGGUCCUUGAAGAAAUCCGCAGCCCUCUGGAUGGAUGCAUACUAUGAAACAUGAUGCAGAUCCCAGCCUUGAUGUGCACGUAAUUGCAUCUCUCAAGGAGGCUGGUGAAUGUGUAAGAACUUCCUGCUUACCUGUCAGUGCCAUUGGCAUACCGGAGUGUGCCAGGAGUGUGAACUCUAAGGAUACAUGAUAACUUUCCGUGAAGGUUUCCUCUGCAAAUAAGAAGCAGAGGGAACACAAGAUGGCUUUGACCAGAGUUUCAAAUGGGAAGUGGAGUCCAAUGUUAUUAUUUUUUCCAAAAGAUCUUUAACUUAGUCCUACCAACAGGCCUUAUUCAAAUCAUCUCGGUUCCUGGGCAUAAGUACAAGAGCCAUGUAAAAGUCUCACUGACAAUGUCAAGGGUCAAUGAGAAGAGGGUCAAGGAGAGACUUCAGAUAGAGCACUUUUUGAAAAACGGGGCAAUUGCUCUUUGAAGAGAAUUGUACAUUUAAGAAGUUCCUGGUAAAGCACAAAUUUUUUGCUUUUUCCUUUUUUAAACACUUGAACUUCUUUUUCUUUAAAUGUUGAGUAUAAUUAACAUUAAAAUCUCUAAAUAUUUAAAUA